AUGAGUUCAUCAGACGAAGAAGACAUUGCCUUGUCUAGACUCGCUAAAAAAUCAUCCUCGAUCACUUCAGCUUCCACUUAUGAAGACGAUGAAGAUGAUGAUAUCCCUUUAGCUAAAAAAUCCAGGAAAAAGAGGGUUGAAUCUGAUUAUGAAGAAGAUGAAGACGAAGUCCCAUUGAAAAAGAGAAAAUUGUCUAAUGGUAGAGCAAAAAAACAAGUUAAAACCGAAACUAAAGUUAAAAAGGAACCUAAAAGUGCCAAUAAAUCCAAAUCUACAUCUAAAAAGGACACCAAAGUUAAGAAAGAGAAAACUACAGUCAAGAAGGAAUCUAAAGCCACAAGCACUAAAGUGAAAGAAGAAUCCAAAACUCAAUCAGAUUCACAAGCAUCGGUUAAAUCUGAAACUCCUGAAGAAGAUCAAGGGUACAAAUGGUGGGAAGUGAAUCAAGAAGAGGAAGGUGAUGGUUAUAUCAAAUGGCAAACACUAGAACAUAACGGUGUUAUGUUCCCACCACCAUAUGAACCAUUACCAUCUCAUGUCAAAUUAUAUUAUAACAAUAAACCAGUUAAUUUACCUCCAGAAGCAGAAGAAGUUGCCGGAUUUUAUGGAGCAAUGUUAGAAACUGAUCAUGCUAAAAACCCAGUUUUCCAAAAGAAUUUUUUCAAUGAUUUUUUGGAAGUUUUAAAAGAAUGUGGUGGUUGUGGUGUUGAAAUUAAAAAAUUUGAAAAAUUAGAUUUUAGUAAAAUGUAUGCUCAUUUUGAAAAAUUACGUGAAGAGAAAAAGGCCAUGAGUAGGGAAGAAAAGAAAAGAAUCAAAGAAGAAAAAGAAAAAGAAGAAGAACCUUAUAGGACUUGUUAUCUUAAUGGUAGAAAAGAAUUAGUGGGGAAUUUCCGUAUUGAACCUCCAGGUUUAUUCCGUGGUCGUGGUGCACAUCCUAAAACUGGGAAAUUAAAACGUCGAGUAGUGCCGGAACAAGUGACUUUGAAUUUAGGUAAAGAUGCUAAAAUACCUGAACCACCUGCAGGCCAUCAAUGGGGGGAAAUUAGACAUGAUAAUGAAGUCACUUGGUUAGCCAUGUGGAAAGAAAAUAUUUCUGAUUCAUUGAAAUACGUUAGAUUUGCUAAUAAUUCUUCAGUUAAAGGUCAAUCCGAUUUCAAAAAAUUUGAAACGGCGAGAAAAUUAAGAGAUCACGUUGAUUCUAUUAGAAAAGAUUAUACCAAAAUGUUAAAAUCAGAGAAAAUGCAAGAUAGACAAAUGGCCACGGCUAUGUAUCUUAUUGAUGUUUUUGCAUUGAGGGCUGGUGGUGAAAAAGGUGAGGAUGAAGCCGAUACCGUUGGUUGUUGUUCAUUACGAUAUGAACAUGUAACUUUAAAACCACCCAACAAGGUUAUUUUCGAUUUUUUGGGUAAAGAUUCAAUUAGAUUUUAUCAAGAAGUUGAAGUUGAUAAACAAGUUUUCAAAAAUCUACGAAUUUUCAAAAAAUCUCCUAAACAACCUGGUGAUGAUUUAUUUGAUCGUAUAAACCCUUCAUUAGUCAAUCGACAAUUACAAAAUUAUAUGAAAGGAUUAACAGCAAAAGUUUUCCGUACAUAUAAUGCCUCGAAAACCAUGCAAGAUCAAAUUGAUAUAAUUGAAAAUGAAGGUACAGUGGCGGAAAAAGUGGCUAAAUUCAAUGCUGCCAAUAGAACGGUGGCUAUUUUAUGUAAUCACCAGCGUACGGUCAGUAAAACCCAUGGUGAUAGUGUUCAGAGAAUUAAUGACAAAUUAAAAGAAUUCAUGUGGCAAAAGAUUAGAUUAAAGAAGAUGAUUUUACAAUUAGAACCCAAAUUAAAAAAGAAAGAUCCGAAAUAUUUUGAAGAAAUUGAUGAUUUAAUCAAAGAAGAUAUUGAACAUAUUCAUCAUACUAUAAUUAAAAGACAACGAGAACAAGCUAAAAAAAAAUUAGAACGUGAUAAUGAAAAAUUGAAACUUGAAGGUAAACCAUUAUUAACUGAAUCAGAUAUAAAAGAUAAAUUAGAUAAAAUUGAUGAAUUAGAAAAAGAAUAUCAAAAAGAAUUGAAAACUGGUAAACCAAUAGUCACCAAAAAUGCUACCGUUGAAAAAUUAAAACAACAAAUUGAAACUCUUGAAAAUAAAAUUCUUAAUGUUUCAAUUCAAUUAAAAGAUAAAGAAGAUAAUUCUGAAGUUUCUUUAGGAACUUCAAAAAUGAAUUAUAUUGAUCCAAGAUUAAUUGUUAUGUUUUCUAAAAAAUUUGAUGUUCCUAUUGAAAAAUUAUUUACCAAAACUUUAAGAGAAAAGUUCAUUUGGGCUAUUGAAUCAGCUGAUGAAAAUUGGAGAUUCUAA